AUGCCAUCAAAGCCACGCAUUGACAGGAUUAAGAUAUGUUAUACGGCAGCGAUGCAUUUAAACUAUGGAUGGCGUAUGAGGGGCUAUCCCUGUACUCCGUUCAACAAUGCUGCAACUAAAUAUAUCUCCCAACUGCAUCGGAUCACCGUUCGAUUCUGCCGCAAGAAUGAAUGCAGCGCUGGAGUAAGGCAUUUCAUUGGUAGUGGGUUAUUGUCGCAAUUUGCAUCAGAGAAUCCCUCCGUAGUCGUUUACAUACAGCCCAUCAGGCAGAAUAUUCCGGUGCUAAGAGCAGAGUAUGGAAAUGGACGCACAAUUCAGAUUGUUUUGAAGAAUUUCGAUGCAGAAGAGGUGGAAAGACAUUUUAAUCUGUUACGAACUCGAAGUGGUCUUCCGGUAGUUGAUCUAGUUUCGAGACAAUCUGCUCAAGUCGCUUCGGUGCAAGGAAUGUGGAAUCCAAUGCUCAAUAUUAAUUCCGAACUAAAUGUUUCUGAAUUGUCUGAGAAGAAAUUUUCGCGGCAUCGUACUGCUGAAUCAUCAGCUACGGAGUACGUGUCGUCGUUAGUUGAGGAAAACGUUAGCGACUCACGCUGAUACUCCUUCACAUUCAGGCGAUCUACUUUUCUCAGGCAGAAAUAGAAUGAUACUGCUUUAGCGAAACCGACUACUUGAUCAAAACCCACCUCACCAUGGUGAAAUAUUUCAGCGAUCAGCGCACUGCCAACGGCUUCAAAUCUCAUUCAGUUAUAGUACUAACCCGCAGAGAUUGUAAAACCUUACUUGAAUUACUGAG